UGUAGUCUCACGUGGGGCGCACGUGUUCUCCAUUGUUGUCAAACGAACAGGGCACAGCAGCAGAUGCAGAUCUGUCGUCUCAGUCUCUCUUUCUCCCAAAGUUACAGAAACUGAAGGUGGUCUGCGGAUCCCAUACAUACUGCGAAGGGGGGGUAGAAAUAGAGAAGACGAAGAACUCGCUGUGGUAGCAAUUUGGAGAUGGCGGCCUUCAUGACGGUUCUAGAGUCUGAUCUAAGGGCUCUUUCGGCGGAGGCUCGCCGCCGUUAUCCCUCCGUCAAAGACGCCGCUGAACAUGCAAUCUUGAAGCUGAGAUCGAUGGCCAGCCCGGAUGAGAUUGCCCACAAUGAGGAUAUUUUGAGGAUAUUUUUGAUGGCUUGUGAAGUUAAAAAUGUUAAGCUAAGUGUGAUUGGUCUGUCAUGUCUGCAAAAGCUCAUUUCUCACGAUGCCAUUGCCCCUUCUGCUUUGAAGGAAAUCCUUUUCACUCUCAAGGAACAUGGUGAGAUGGCAGAUGAGAGCAUUCAACUCAAGACCUUGCAAACUAUACUCGUAAUAUUUCAAUCCCGUCUACGACCUGAUAAUGAGGAGAACAUGGCUCAUGCGCUCGGUAUCUGUCUCCGACUCCUUGAAAACAAUAGGUCAUCUGACAGUGUGAGGAAUACGGCUGCAGCAACAUUCAGGCAAGCAGUAGCGUUGAUAUUUGAUCAUGUGGUUUGCGCAGAGUCACUGCCUGCUGGCAAAUUUGGUUCUGGAGGAUACGUCUCUCGAACCAAUUCCGUUACUAGUGAUGUUAGUCGCAACAUAAAGCGCUUAGAUAGGUUGCUGGAGUUGGAAGUUAUUUCUGGAGAGCCAUCAUUAAUGAGGGAGACACUUACUAAACCUGGGAAACUUGGGCUUUGCUUACUCGAGGACUUGACAACUCUUGCUGCAGGUGGAUCUGCUAUUUGGUUACGUGUUGGUUCCAUUCAGCGGUCAUUUGCACUUGACUUACUUGAGUUCGUAUUAUCUAAUUAUGUGGUACUCUUCAGGACUUUGAUUCCUUUCGAACAGGUUCUGCGCCACCAAAUAUGUUCACUUCUCAUGACAUCACUUCGUACAAACUCUGAGAUUGAAGGGGAACUAGGAGAGCCUUAUUUCCGCCGCCUGGUUUUGCGAUCUGUAGCUCAUAUCAUCAGACUUUAUAGUUCAUCCCUGACUACUGAAUCUGAGGUGUUUCUCAGUAUGCUAGUGCGAGUUAUAGCUAUGGAUUUACCACUGUGGCAUCGGAUUCUGGUCCUUGAAAUCUUGAGGGGGUUCUGUGUGGAAGCACGCACCUUGCGUAUUCUUUUUCAGAAUUUUGACCUGCAUCCCAACAACUCAAAUAUAGUUGAAGGCAUGGUAAAGGCUCUUGCUCGGGUUGUUUCCAGUGUCCAGUACCUAGAAACUGGUGAGGAGAGCCUUGCAGCUGUUGCAGGCAUGUUUAGCAGUAAAGCCAAAGGUAUUGAGUGGAGCUUGGAUAAUGAUGCAUCAAAUGCUACUGUCUUGGUUGCAAGUGAAGCUCAUGCUAUUACUUUGGCAAUUGAGGGUAUACUGGGAGUUGUUUUUGCUGUUGCCACUUUGACUGAUGAGGCAGUGGAUGAUGGCGAAAAUCAGCUUGAGUCCCCCAGGUGUGAUACUGAUCCAACCAGAAACUAUACUGGGACAACUGCAACACUUUGUAUGUCGAUGGUUGAUUCGAUGUGGUUAACAAUACUAGAUGCUUUGUCCCUGAUACUAAUGAAGUCACAGGGUGAGGCUAUUAUAUUGGAGAUAUUGAAAGGUUACCAAGCAUUUACGCAGGCAUGUGGAGUUCUUCAUGCUGUAGAACCUUUAAAUUCUUUUCUUGCGUCCCUUUGCAAGUUCACAAUUUAUAUCCCCAAUGAAGCUGAAAAGAGGAGCAUAAUACUAUCUCCUAGUUCAAAACGGGCUGAACAAUUAGUUGACCAGAGAGAAGGCAUUGUUCUUACUCCAAAAAAUGUGCAGGCUCUCAGGACUCUCUUCAAUAUAGCUCAUAGAUUACAGAAUGUAUUGGGUCCUUCUUGGGUUUUGGUUUUGGACACUCUAUCUGCUCUUGACCGAGCAAUUCAUUCUUUACAUGCAACAACACAGGAGGUUCCCACAGUCCCUAAACUAUCUAGAGAUUCAUCUGGGCAAUAUAGUGAUUUUAAUGUUCUCUCGUCACUGAAUUCUCAGCUUUUCGAGAGCUCGGCUUUGAUGCAUGUGGCAGCUGUUCAAUCGCUUCUUUCUGCUCUGCGUCAGUUGUCGCGUCAAUCUAUGGCAACAACUUUGAGUAGCAUUGGGCAGACAUCAAAUCAGAAAGUCGGAAGCAUUAGUUUUUCUGUGGAGAGAAUGCUAUGUAUCCUCAUCAGUAAUCUUCAUCGGGUGGAACCAUUAUGGGAUGAGGUAGUUGGUCAUUUCCUUGAGCUUGCUGAUAGUUCAAAUCCACAACUACAAAGUAUGGCUCUUGAUGCAUUGGAUAAAGCCAUAUGUGCUGUCUUAGGUUCUGAUCAGUUUCAGAAUACUUCAUCAAAAUCUCUUGAUGCAUCAAAUGAUCUACAUGACCAAUCAAUGUUCAGAAUGGAAUGUGCUGUCAUCUCUCCAUUAAAUGAUCUUUAUUCUCUAUCACAAAAUUUUGAUGUUCGUGCCGGAUCUCUGAAGAUUCUUGUGCAUGUUUUGGAGAGGCAUGGUGAGAAGUUACGCUACAGUUGGCCAAAUAUUCUUGAAAUGUUAAGGUCUGUAGCUCUUGCAUCAGAGAAGGAUCUGAUUGCACUCGGAUUCCAGAGCCUUCGUGUGAUAAUGAAUGAUGGGCUGCCCACUAUACCUGCUCAAUGCGUCCAGGAAUGUAUUGAUGUAGCUGGGGCAUACAGUGCUCAGAAGACUGAGUUGAAUAUAAGUCUGACAGCUAUAGGUCUAUUAUGGACGGCUACUGACUUCAUUGUGAAAGGGCUUACACGUUCGAGUGAAGAAGGAUUUGUAACAGAUCAAAGAAAUUAUGUAAAGAAAGAAGAGGCAACUCCUGAGUCUCAUGAGAAAGUUACUGAUGCGACGUACCUGGCUAAUACUGUUGAACGUGACAAGUUGCUUUUUUCUGUAUUUUCGUUACUUCAUAAGCUGGGAGCUGAUGAGAGACCAGAGGUUAGGAACUCAGCUAUAAGGAUGCUUUUCCAAACUCUUGGAAGUCACGGGCAGAAGCUUUCAAAGAGCAUGUGGGAAGAUUGUCUUUGGAAUUAUGUUUCCCCUACAUUAGAUCAUGCGUCUCACUUGGCUGCGACCUCGUCAAAAGAUGAAUGGCAAGGUAAAGAACUUGGAACUCGCAAAGGAAAAGCAGUGCACAUGCUUAUACAUCAUAGUCGAAAUACAGCUCAGAAGCAAUGGGAUGAGACACUUGUGCUGGUGCUUGGUGGAAUUACCCGGAUUCUACGAUCCUUUUUUCCUUUCCUUAGAAGUUUAAGGAACUUUCAGUCUGGAUGGGAGUCUUUGCUUGUCUUCGUCAAGAACAGCAUUUUAAAUGGUAGUAAAGAAGUUGCUCUUGCUGCAAUAAAUUGUUUACAGUCAACCGUAGUUUCUCAUUCUCCAAAGGGAAAUCUGCCAGUAACAUACAUUAGGUCCAUACUUGAUAUUUAUGAGGAUGUUCUUCAGCAGUCACACAAGAGUAGUGAUCAUUAUGUUGGCAAAGUGAAGCAGGAGAUUUUACAUGGGCUUGGAGAAGUAUAUGCACAAGCUCAAGGGAUGUUCGACAAUGACAUGUAUAAACAGUUGAUAUUGGUCAUAGAUUCAGCAGUUAAAGAAGCCAGAACCACGAAUAGUAACUUUGAAGCAGAAUAUGGUCAUGUACCACCAGUGCUACGGAUUAUACUCGAAAUCUUACCGCAAUUACGUCCAGCAGCUCACCUUAGUUCAAUGUGGAUGCUCCUCCUCACAAAUUUACUGCAAUAUCUUCCAGCAGCUGAUGCCUUGUUGGAUGAAAAUGGAGAUGAUGCCAAACCAGCGGGUAACAGCAAUCAUAUUCCUGAGAAGAAAAGAGAAGGGUCAAUCCUUAAGGUUAAAUUGGCAUCACCUACAAUGGGUUACAACACAUAUAAAUUGUUCGCAGAGAGGCUUGUACCUGUGCUUGUUGAUCUUUUUGUACAAGCUCCAGUUACAGAAAAGUAUAACAUUUUUCCAGGUGUAAUUCAAAGUCUGGGAAGGUGUAUGACAACAAGAAGAGAUGAUCCUGACGGCACACUUUGGAAACAAGCUGUUGAUGGCUUUCACCGCAUUCUGAUUGAUGAUGUUAGAAAACUUAAACCAACUCCUGGAACAGAUCUAACUAUUACUAGAUCUUCGAGAAUACAUGUAUGGAAAGAAGUAGCUGAUGUCUAUGAAUUAUUCUUAGUGGGGCACUGUGGUCGUGCGCUACCUUCCAACACACUCUCAGCAACGGCUCAACAGACUGAUGAGUCUCUUGAGAUGAACAUCCUAGAGGUUCUGGGGGACAAGAUUCUUAGAUCAGAGAGUGAUAUACCUCCAGAUAUUCUGCAAAGGCUGAUUUCUACGCUCGAUCGAUGUGCAUCCCGUACUUGUUGUUUGCCCCUCGAAACUGUUGAGCUUAUGCCUCCUCAUUGCAGCAGAUUCUCUUUGACAUGCUUGCAGAAGUUAUUUUCUCUGAGCGGCUAUGAAGUAAGUGAUUGGAAUUCGGCCAGAUCUGAAGUUAGCAAAAUUUCAAUUAGGACACUCAUGUCCAGAUGUGACUUCAUAUUAAGAAAAUUCUUGGCAGAUGAGAAUGACAUGGGUAAGCAUUCCUUGCCUACAGCAAGGCUGGACGAAGUUAUAUUUGUACUCCAAGAGCUUGCCAAUCUUGUUAUUCAUCCAGAAACAGCAUCCUCUCUUCCUUUGCAUCCUUACUUGCAGGAGGGUGUCACUUUGGAGAACCUGAGAAGGCGUUCGCAUUUGCUGGUUUUAUUUCCAUCAUUUUGUGAACUUGUUGUAUCAAGGGAAUUGAGGGUUAGAGAGCUUGUUCAAGUAUUGCUUCGGCUCAUCACAGCAGAAUUGGGUUUGCAAAAGCUUGACUUCAAUGGUUAGCAAUCAGGUUUGCCCUGGUUAGCAAACAGUGACGAACUUCUGUUUGUUAUAAGUCUGCUUGUGGACAUUUAGAUAGGUUAUAGAUGAGGAAAUUUUCUGUCUUCCUCCACAUCAAAUGUUACAUGUACGGAACAGAGGAAUGAUAUCUAAGGGACAUUCUUUUCUCCUGUUGUAUUCAACUACACAAAAGAUAUAUAUUAUUUACUUACAACUUUUAGCAAUUUC